AUGGAAUGGAUAGUUGCUCCUGAUGGUUUUGAUGCUCAGUGCAAAUCCGAGCUUAACCACCUCGUGCAGAAAGCCCGCCACAACGAGCUCGACGAUUGGUCCUCCAGUCCAGAAGGCAGCCUCGCCCAGGACGAUCUGCUGGACCAACUCCCAAGAAAAAUCCAUCGCAGCUCGUCAGAUGCCCUCACGGACGACGAAAGGGCAUGGGGUAUUGCCACAAAGGCCAUCGCGGGAGACUAUGACAAGCAGGUUACUGUCAUCCCGGCGUCGGAGUUCUAUAUGCCGCUCAUGCAACAAUAA